AUGUCCAGCCUUUUACCGUGGACAGUGUCGGUCGCGCGCCAGCACGGUAGGAUCGCGCUGCAGCGAUCGCCCACCUCGCAGGCGGCCACCAGAUCCAUCAGCACAAACAGCGGCGUCGCAUCGCGGCAAAAACGGUGCCUCCAGUCCAACCCGCGAACCAAAUGGUCGUCCAUUGGCCCUAUCCGAUGCGGCCUGGUGGUGGCGCGCCUCAAUGCUGCGCCGUGCGCCGUCGCCGGGCUGUCGAGAUCCUUUAGCACCUCGCCAGACGCUGCGAAAAAGGAGAGCGACGAAAAGGCUGCCACAAAAGGCAUCACCGACGGCGAUGCGGUUCCGGACAAGUCAAAAGUCCAGACACCUGCUGCUAAGCGAAGCUAUGCCGCGCAACUCUCCAAAAACGAGGCCGAGGCGGACAAUUCCACCGGCGGUCUCCUGCGCCUCCUGAGCAUCGCCCGGCCCGAGGCCAAGCCGCUCGGUGUCGCCACCGUCUUCCUCGCCGUCUCGGCCACCAUCACUAUGACGAUUCCCUACGCCGUCGGCCGCAUCAUCGACGCCGCGGGUCACGCCGGCAUCGUCACCGUUGCCGGCCACUCCUUUACCCUCACCCAGUUCAUCCUCGGCAUGGGCACCGUGCUCACCAUCGGCUCCGCCGCGUCCUUUACGCGCAACAUUAUGAUGCGCAUCAUUGGCGAGCGCGUCAUUGCGCGGCUGCGCUCCCGCCUCUAUCGCCGCACCUACACCCAGGAUGCCGAGUUCUUCGACGUCAACCCCGUAGGCGACCUGAUCUCCCGGCUGGGGUCCGACGUGAACAUCGUGGGCGACUCGGUAACGACGAGCGUCACGUAUGCGCUGCGCUCCACGUUCAACACCAUGGCGGGCAUCGCCAUCAUGCUGUGGACCAGCGCGCAGCUCACGAUGCUGAUGCUGGUGAUUCUGCCGCCCAUGGCCGUCGGCUCGCUCAUCUACGGACGCUUCGUGGAAAAGAUGAGCAAGCGCGUGCAGAAGAAUCUCGGCACGCUUACAAAAAUUGCAGAGGAGAGACUAGGCAACGUCAAGACGAGCCAGGCCUUUGUCGGGGAGCGGCAGGAGGUGCAUCGAUAUAACCAGCAGAUUCGCAAAGUCUUUGCCCUGCGGAAACGCGAGGGCAUCGUAACAUCCACAUUUUACACAUCCACGCUAUGGGCGGGCAACAUUUCGUUCCUCAUCAUGCUCACAGUCGGAAACGGUUUCAUCCAGUCCGGGGCCAUGACCACUGGCGACUUGACCGCCUUUGUCAUGUACGCCAUGUUUGCCGGCACGGGUAUGAUGGAUUUCUUCUACACGUAUACAGAAAUCAUGCGCGGCUCUGGCGCUGCGCAGCGUCUUUUUGAGCUAUCGGAUAAGAAGCCGCGCAUACCUCAGAGCGGCGGCACACGCAUCUCCUCCGCGUCCGGCGCUGUCAAAUUCACCAACGUGCACUUUGCGUACCCAACCAGGCCAGACGCCAAAAUUUUCAACGGGCUUACCUUUGAGGUGCCUUCUGGCAGCAACGCCUGCAUCGUCGGUCCCUCUGGGCGCGGCAAGUCAACCAUUGGCACGCUCCUCCAGCGCUUCUACGACCCCGUCAGCGGCACCAUCACCAUUGAAGGGCAGGACAUUUCCCAAGUAAGCGUCAAGUCGCUGCGGCGGCGCAUCGGCGUCGUCGCGCAGGAGCCCGUGCUCUUCUCCGGCACCAUUGCCGAGAACAUUGCCUACGGGGUGCCCGGCGCGAGCGAGGACGAGAUCCGGCACGCCGCCGCCGUGGCCAACUGCACCUUUAUCGACAACCUGCCGCGCGGCCUGGCGACGCAGGUCGGCGCGCGCGGGUCGCAGCUGUCGGGCGGGCAGAAGCAGCGCGUGGCGAUUGCGCGCGCGGUGCUGAAGCGGCCGGACAUUCUGAUCCUCGACGAGGCCACGUCGGCGCUCGACGCCGAGUCGGAGACGCUGGUGAACCAGGCGCUCGGACGGCUGUUUGAGGGCAACAUGACGACCAUUUCCAUUGCGCACCGCCUGUCGACGAUUGAAAAGGCCGACCUGCUGAUCGUGCUCAACGCCGACGGCGAGGUUGCGGAGACGGGCAACUACAGGACGCUCGAGGCGGACAAGGACAGCGAGUUCAGCCGGCUGAUGGAGAACCAGAUGCGCUCGCCGCUGGCGAGCACGUCGGCGGAUGAUGUCGAGGCAAUCAUGGUCGAUGAGGAGGCGGUAGAGGAAGCUGAGAAGAGAGAAGCCUAA